AUGUCACUUCCCAUCCGACCGGCGGAAGUUGCUUCCGAGUGCUUAGCUAGUUGGAGGAGCGAGUUCUGGUAGAGGCAUAUAUAAGUGCUGGCUUUUUGUCGGUAUUGGGAAGUCGCGAUGGCGGCGGUGGGUUCGGAUGUCGAAUCGCUGCCGCGUGGGGGUUUCCGCUGCUGCCUCUGCCGCAUUACUACAGCGAACCGACCCAGCCUCGAUGCCCACCUGGGAGGCCGGAAGCACCGGCACCUGGUAGAACUGCGAGCUGCCCGAAAGGCCCAGGGACUUCGAAGUGUGUUUGUCAGUGGCUUUCCCCGGGAUGUGGAUUCUGCUCAGCUCUCUGAGUACUUUCAGGCAUUCGGGCCUGUGGCCAGCGUCGUCAUGGAUAAGGACAAGGGAGUGUUUGCCAUUGUGGAGAUGGGGGAUGUGAAUGCCCGGGAGGCCGUCUUGUCCCACCCUCAGCACAGCCUGAGAGGACGUCGCCUGCGGGUCCGGCCACGGGAGCAGAAGGAGUUCCAGAGUCCAGCUUCCAAGUCCCCCAAAGGGGCGGCCCCCGACAGUCACCAGCUGGCCAGAGCGCUAGCCGAGGCGCCAGACGUGGAGGCACAGAUGGUGACGCUCGUGGGGCUCAGGGAGUUGUCCGAGGCGGAGCGGCAGCUUCGGAGCCUCGUGGUGUCGCUGAUGCAGGAGGUCUUCGCAGAGUUCUUCCCUGGCUGUGUGGUCCAUCCUUUUGGCUCUUCCAUAAACAGCUUUGACGUGCAUGGCUGUGAUCUUGACCUCUUCCUGGAUCUGGGUGACUUAGAGGAGCCUCAGCCAGCCCCCAAGGCUCCCGACUCUCCCUCCUUGGACUCGGCCCUGGCUUCCCCACUGGAUCCUCAAGCCCUGGCCUGCUUCCCAGCCUCCCCUCCAGGCUCGCAGCCUCCAGCUUCUCCCCAGGAUCCUGAGGCCCUGGACUUUGAAACCCUUUCCUCCUCCCUGGCACCCCAGACUCCAGACUCGGCUUUGGCCUCUGAGACCCUGGCCUCUCCCCAGUCCCUGCCUCCAGGCUCUCCCCUGCAGGAGGACAAGGGAGAGGAGGAGGAGCUGGGGAGGUCUCUGCAACUAGCAGAGGCCUUGAAGGAGGAGAAAACAGCGCGUGGAGCAAUGCUGGAGCUUGUGGGGUCUAUCCUGCGGGGCUGUGUGCCGGGGGUGUACCGAGUGCAAACCGUGCCCUCGGCCCGACGCCCGGUGGUCAAGUUCUGCCAUCGGCCCUCAGGUCUCCACGGGGACGUCUCCCUCAGCAACCGGCUGGCCCUGCAUAACUCCCGCUUCCUGAGUCUUUGCUCCGAGCUGGAUGGGCGAGUCCGGCCCCUUGUGUAUACCCUCCGCUGCUGGGCUCAGAGUCGAGGGCUGUCAGGGAGCGGCCCCCUCCUCAAUAAUUACGCCUUGACCUUGCUCGUGAUCUAUUUCCUUCAGACCAGGGCCCCUCCGGUGUUGCCCACUGUUGCCCAGCUCACCCAGAAAGCAGGUGAGGGAGAACAGGUCGAAGUUGACGGCUGGGACUGUAGUUUCCCCCGUGACGCCUCGAGACUGGAGCCCAGCACCAACGUGGAGCCCCUCAGGUCCCUGCUAGCCCAGUUCUUCUCCUGUGUCUCUUGCUGGGAUCUUCGUGGCUCACUGCUGUCUCUGCGGGAGGGCCAGGCACUGCCCGUGGCAGGAGGCCUGCCCUCUACUCUCUGGGGGGGCCUGCGCCUCGGCCCCCUGAAUCUUCAGGACCCCUUUGACCUGAGUCACAAUGUGGCAGCCAACGUGACCAGCCGGGUAGCUGGGCGGCUACAGAACUGCUGCCGAGUGGCAGCCAAUUACUGCCGGAGCCUCCAGUACCAGCAUCGCUCCUCCCGGGGUCGGGACUGGGGGCUGCUUCCCCUCCUGCAGCCCAGUCCCCCUAGCUCCCUGCUGUCUGCUACACCCAUCCCCUUACCCCCCUUUCCCUUCGCCCAGCUCACUGUGGCCCUGGUCCAGUUGUUAAAGGAAGCACUGGGAUGCCAUAUAGAGCAGGGAACCAAGAGAUCGCGGCCCGAAGGAGGCAGAGCCGGGGAGUCUCCCCAGGGAGGGACGAGCAAAAGACUGAAACGAGACAGACAGACUCAGGGCUGUGAGGAGGGGAAGGGAGGGCAGCUGGGCUGUGCAGGGGGCCCCAGCGACGACGAGGUGGAAGAGAUGGUGGUGGAAGUCGGUGAGACGGUGCGGGACUGGGCCAUGCAGAGCCCUGGGCAGCCCAGGGAGCCGUCGCUGAUGACUGGAGAGCAUGUAGCCACCGGAGCAGGGAGCCAGCCAGGCUGUGUCGCCCUGGCACGACACGAUGCAGCCCACGGAGGGUCACAGGGUGAGACAGGCGAGGGGGCAGCACUUCCCGCCUCUGUGAGCUGGCGCUGUGCCUUGUGGCACCGAGUGUGGCAGGGGCGGCGGCGUGCCCGGAGACGCUUACAGCAGCAAACCAAGGAAGGUGGUGGAGGGGGUGCUGGCGCCGGAGCGGAGUGGCUGGUGACCGAGGCUCAGGUGACCCAGGAGCUGAGGGGACUUGGGGGUGGUGAACAGAGGCCGGAGGCUGAGCCCCUCCUGACCUUUGUGGCCUCUGCCUCCCCGGCAGAGCAGGCUCUCACGGUGACCCCACUCCAGGACACCCAAGGUCUGUUCCCUGAGCUCCACCACUUCUUACAGGUUUUCCUCCCUCAAGCGCUUAGACAUCUCCUCAAGUGAAGAUACGACAUGCUAAAGGGCAAUAAAGCUGCUGGUUUA